AUGCACACACCAUCCCCAGGGCUGCUGCCCGUGUCCGAGCCUGGCCAGCAGCGGUUCCUCCGUGUGAACACGCGUAUCUGCAAUUCCGUGCACUCCUCCGGCCACAGCGGGACCAGCACUGACCGGGACCGUUCAGCUGCUGGCGUUGCUUGUGUUCACGCCCCUUCGGACACAAUUUUGGAGCUGCCGCCCCAGCCUGUUAGCUGUGUCAGGACCAGACGCCAGCCAGACAUGACGAAAAGGACACCGUACUUCAUGGCAGAGGACAGAGCUCCGGGGUCUGCCGGGAAGCCGCUGGUGUUUCGCGUUGACAACAGCACCCCAGAAGUGGUGCAGAGCGUCCUGCUGGAGCGGGGGUGGGACAAGUUCGAGCAGGGAGGGCAGGACGUGGAAGGCUGGAACCUGUAUUGGAGGACCUCCUCCUUCCGCAUGGCCGAGCACGCCAACAUCAAACCCUGGCAACAUCUCAACCACCACCCGGGCACCACCAGGCUCACCAGGAAGGACCACCUGGCCAAACACCUGAGGCACAUGAAGAAGACGUACGGCGCGGCUGUGGACGAGUUCAUCCCCUUGACGUUCGUGAUGCCCAACGACUACAGCAAGUUCGUGGCCGAGUACUUCAGGGAGAAGCACGGGGCGGGCGGCGCGCGGAGCUGCUGGAUCUGCAAGCCGGCGGAGCGCUCCCGCGGGAGGGGCAUCCUCGUCUUCAGAGACAUCAAAGACUUAGUCUUCGACGACACCUACGUCGUGCAGAAAUACAUCUGCAACCCUCUGCUCGUGGGCAGGUACAAAUGCGACCUCCGCAUCUACGUGUGCGUCACCGGCUUUCAGCCUCUGACCAUUUACAUCUACCAGGAGGGGUUUGCGCGGUUCGCCACGGAGAAGUUUGACCUCGGGAACCUGCGGAACAGCCACGCGCAUCUGACCAACAGCAGCAUCAAUAAGUGCGGCGCCUCCUACGAGAAGGUCAAGGAAGUGGUCGGCCACGGCUGCAAGUGGACCCUCAGCAGGUUCUUCUCCUACCUUCGCAGCUGGGACGUGGACGACCUGCUCCUGUGGCAGAAGAUCAACCACGUGGUGAUUCUCACGGUGCUCGCCAUCGCGCCCUCGGUCCCCGUCGCAGCCAACUGCUUCGAGCUCUUUGGCUUUGAUAUUUUGGUCGACGACAACUUGAAACCAUGGCUACUGGAGGUCAACUUCAGCCCCGCCCUGUCCAUAGACUGCUCGGCGGACGCAUCCGUGAAGAGGAAACUUAUCCAUGACACCAUCGAGCUGAUUUACUUACGCGGUCCAAGAAACGAGAGAGCAGAAUGGCGUGAAGGUGCCAAGGGGAGACGCAGCGUCUCCCUCGCCAAGCUGCACGCGGGCAGACUCAACAAGCCUGGCAGCACGCGCUCCUCUGAGGCCCUAUUACAGCGGACGGGUAGAACUUUGGAGGAUGAAUCUGCCGUGAAAAAAGACCUAAAAAUAUGCCCUGAAAAUAAACAUGCGUCCCAGCCGAGGGAAAUGGUGAGCGGGAGGAAGGAUCUACUUCUGUCCACAAAAGAACCCCCCAGAACCAAGCCAAAGCUAACGGGUAGACACUCGACCUAUCAUAAGACGCUCCUUCCAUUCAUGUCGCUCAUUCAGUCAUGCGUGGGCAAGACCAGUGUCUCCCCGUGCGUCCCCUUGGACAGCAGCAAGGUGCCGGGUCUCCAAGCAGGGAAUUUCGUGCUCAUUUUUCCUUUCAAUGAAGCGACUUAUGGAGCCUCUAGGAAUGGAUUAAAUGUCAGAAGAAUAAUCCAAGAGCUCCGGAAGCUCAUGAAUAAGCAGCAUCCCCAUGUGGUGGACAUGGAAGCAAAAAGAAGGUGAUGGGCUCUGAAGGAAACCAGGGAUCCCUCCACCGGGGACGGGGACGGCAAUGACUCAGCCCUAGACCUCUGUGCUCAGCACAUCGACCACCUCCCUGGGGCCCCCGAUGGGGGUGUGUAUGUAAGUAGAAGUUCUCUGCAAAGUCAGACACAUGUGGGCGGGGAUUAAAUUAUGUGAUAUGACUGGUUUAUUUGGUCUGGUUUCUUGGGAGAAUACAAGCCUGCCUCUUGCACUUGGAAAUGCGUCACCUCAAUUACACUACACACUUGUGUAAACACGGACACAAGAUUAUUACCAUAUUUUUUAAGGACUCUUAUGUGAAAACAGUACCAUAAAAGGGUCAAGCCUUAACUUGUUUUUUAACACACCAUUUUUUGUUCAAAAUUGUUUUUGUCAACUUAAUGAUGAAACAGUCGUCUGGGGUGAGGCCAAUUGCUGAAAACCUCCCCCCAAAAUACCCAAACAACUCUGUCAUUCCUCAGUCCCGGGCCCUAACUAGACACUGUGCCACGUAGCUUCCCACUGAGGACACCCAUCGACCAUACCCAGAAGGUGGCCGCCUCUUGGUUGGUCCCUUAGCUGAGAGAUCAUUCUGCGACCGCAGAACCUUCCAGACGCACCAUGUUACCACUCCCGCCUCAUAAGAAAGCAGUGACGAGUCCUAAGACACAAAGUCUCCAGCAUUGACUUGAAAACAUUAUGCUGAGUGAAGAAAAUCCAGACACCAGAGGCCACAUGUCGUAGCAUUUCCUCUACAGGGAACGCCGUGGGUCGGCAAACCCACAGACGCAGAACACAGACCAGUGUUGGCAGGGCCCAGAGGGGUGGGCAGGGGAGCGACUGCGAGUGCGUAGGGGGUUUCCUUUUGGAAGACAAGAAUGUUCUGGAGAUGGUUGUGCAACACUGUGAGUGCCGAGUGUCACUCAUGGUAGGUUUCACGUUAAGCUUAUGUUACCACAAUCAAAGGUUAGAGCAGAACGAGUUAAGUCAGGCGGGCUGGAACUAGAGACCGGGGACGCGGGACACGGUGGGUGACAGAACGCGGGAGGUACCAGCAUACGAUUACCAUUACGAGCUGGGAUCGCACCUGCGGCGCCCCUCCGUGGCUAAUGAAAUUCGAGCGCUUGAUCUCAGUGGUUCAGAAAAAAGGGGGAGAGAGAAUUCAGCAUUCUUGACACGGGGCCCACAUGCCCAUUGUGUCCCUGGCCCAGUGUCUGGCGUGAGAGCACUUACUUGCUCCCAGCCUCAUUCCAGGAAGGGCUGAAGGGAAUGAGUGGGAAUAUGAGUGAACCACGAUUGUUCGGAUUUUUUGUAUGAGUAUUUGGAAAAGAACAGGUUCUUUCUACAAGUGCUGAGGUGUGCUCCAAGACCAGACCAGGAGGCUGGCAUCACUGGAAAACCUCCAUGUCUUCAAAUACUCUCCCUUCACCGCGAGCCAGGUGUUACGACCCCGCCAGGAGGAUGAACGCUGCAGAGAGGCAUGAAGCGUGUGCUGUUAAGGAAAGAUGGUUUUACUGGAGCAUUUGAAGUUUUACGGCAAGAGCCUUGGGCCACCUGUCGGGAAAAACAUGCCAAAACUUGUCCCGGGUCUGGAAACGUGCACCAUCCGCAGACGGCAUGGUUCCGGGGGUAGACUUGCCUGGCAUCUUCUGGUGCCGAGGGAAGUGUCUCAGGAGGGAGUGUUCUUGUUCCUGAGAGCCCUGGGAUGACGUGAGCCGAGCAGAGAAGGACAGUUAUCAUGUGGGGUCACUCAUGUGCAGAACAUAAGGAACAGCGUGGAGGACCACAGGGGACGGAGGGGAGACGGAGAGGAAGAAGUCAGAGAGGGAGACAACCCAUGAGAGGCUCCUAAUCAUAGGGAACAGACUGAGGGG